CCUUCUUCCCCCACUCUCUCUCCGCCACUUGUACUCCGCCAUAGCUCUCACACCUCGACACGUUUCUCUUUUAUACCAUUCCUCCUUCUUUCUCUCUCAAACACCUUCCUUCAACUCUCUCUCUCUCUCUUGAUCCUUCUCUCUCUCUCUAUCUCUCUGUCUCUCUCUUAGGGUUUCUGCUCUGCUUACUGAUGAGCUUUGCUGCUCUUCUCCUUCUGCUUUGUUAAUCAGAGGAAUCUUCAAUGGGAAUGCUCUUUGGAACUGAGUUAGACUCUUCAUAAUGUUGAUAGAAUUUUGUGUUGUAAUCAGCAGUGUGGAAAAUACACCAAGUAUUGUGAGCAAUGGAUCAAUCGGAGCGUUCUCAGCAUCAGCAACAAUCACAGCAACCUGCAGGCGGUGUCGGUGCAGGCCAAUUACAAUAUUCUAAUCCUUACCAAACAGCUCCGAUGGUGGCUUCCGGAACUCCUGCUAUUACGAUUCCCCCAACUCAACCACCAUCCAGUUUCUCCAAUUCUCCACACCAGCUUGCCUACCAGCAGGCUCAACACUUCCACCACCAGCAACAGCAGCAGCAACAACAACAGCUCCAAAUGUUUUGGGCAAACCAAAUGCAAGAGAUUGAACAAACAACUGACUUUAAGAACCAUAGUCUCCCUCUUGCUCGAAUCAAGAAAAUAAUGAAAGCAGAUGAAGAUGUCCGAAUGAUUUCCGCUGAAGCACCGGUUAUAUUUGCAAAAGCAUGUGAAAUGUUCAUCUUGGAGUUGACUCUGCGAUCCUGGAUUCACACAGAAGAGAACAAAAGGAGAACUUUACAGAAGAACGAUAUUGCAGCUGCAAUUUCAAGGACAGAUGUCUUUGAUUUCUUGGUUGAUAUUAUUCCAAGAGAUGAACUGAAAGAGGAAGGCCUCGGAAUCACAAAAGCCUCCCUUCCCGUAGUUGGUUCCCCAGCUGAUCUUCCUUAUUACUAUGUUCCAUCGCAGCAUCCAGUGGGUGCUACAGGAAUGAUAAUGGGGAAGCAAUUAGAUCAAGCGAACAUGUACGGUGCCACUGCUCAACAGCCCCGACCAUCGAUGCCUUUCAUGCCAUGGCCGCAUACCCAACCUCAGCAACAGCAACAAACUCAGCAGCAAAGUGAUGGAUAGUUAUAAGUAGUAGGUGGUUUCAAAACCGUGAUGAUAUGAUUUGAUAGAGGCGAUACUGAGUGACUUUGAAUGUGUCUACUGUCUAGUUUAGUUCAUAAAAGAAUAGCUCUUGUAGAGAACUUGUCAAUGAUGACAAGUUGGAGUUGAGUUUGUAUGAUGAGAGGGUGUGUUUAUCUCUUAUUACUCUUAAUUAUCUAUUACUGUAAUGUACAACAGUGUAUGUGGAAUAGGUUCCAACUUUGCCCAAAAAAAACUAUAAUUUCAAUUUUGUUGAGUUUUUUUUUUAAUUGUAAUUUUAGGUUCAAGAUGUGAAAGGAUGAAGAUUUUGAGCAAAAUCUUGCAGGAAGUUGGCAGCGCUCACUCACUCUCCUUCCUUGGCUUAUGAUUUCUAUUUCUUUGUUUGUAUUAGGAGUGCACCAAUUCGAAUAAAAUAACGGUUUGGUUUUGUUUGGUU